AAAAUUUUGUAAAUGAAGAAGUGUCAUCGUUUAACUGGAGAUAAAAGUAUGAGAAGACCUGAUAGAGAGCCUCUAAGUCUUAGCUUUACUAAUCAAUCCCUGCUUUAUUGGAAUGAAAGCAAACCUAUCUGAACAAAUCCGUCAUUAGCAACUCAAAUGAAACGUAUAAGAAGUACUUCUGCUUGGGAACGAUUUAUGAGUGACUCAAAAGACUACAAACAAGUAAAUAGAAGUGGCUAUGGUGAUAAAAAGCUAAGGCAUAAGGACUAUCUCAACAGCAGCAGGACUAUUUUAGCAGGCCAGAGAAAGAGAGGUCGUAAUGGGUUACUUUGUGAAGACAGUAGCGAGCAAGCCAGACCACAAUCAAAAAGAGUCACACACAGAGGCUACAAGAAGAGCAAAGAUAUAUUUGAGAUUGUCACUGACCGGUCUACUGAUACUAGCAGCAAAAUAACUGGCUGCGCAAGGAAACAUUUUAGCAGAGACAGUCAGGUUGAACUUAGUCAUGAGAGAUCAGGGAAUUUAGUACAGAAGUUGUGGGAUCAGAAGAAGAAAAGCUAUGGAAUUUUGAGAAAAUUUGUCAUUGAAGGAAAUAACUACGAGAAAAGCAAAUGUAAUAAAGUUAAAGGGGUCCAAGCACAUAAUAAAUAAAGUAAAGAAUGACUUUUGUAGUUCGACAGGUAAUCUUCCUGGAAGUUCUUUUGGAAAAAGAGAAAAUUUCCAAAAUGAAGUUCCCAAAGUUCAGAGGAAGAAAAUCAAUGAAGUUGCAAAUGCUGCAACUUAUCAGCAGCCAAUAAACGCAAAGAAUUAUUAUACUAAUCAGAUAGGAGCAGGAGCUAGUUUGACUACAAUGCAUUUGGUAAAUGAAGCAACUCCAAAAGUUGAUAAGAAAAGUGGGUAUCAUCGUUAUCAGACAAAGAGAAUGCAUAAAAUUAAGUAUAAUAAUUAA